UGCAAAGUUUAGGCGAACUUCCAUCACUGCUCACUCACUGGCCGCCUGCUCAGUGCUGAGCCGUUCACGUAUGGCCUGUGCGCGUUCCCGGUUUGGAGAGGUCCGUGCCAUCUCCACCCGCAUAGGGGAAAAGGUGCUUUGUUUCUCAAAGCUAUAAUUCAAGAAAACGGACUAAAUGUAUCGAUGAGCGAUCAGCCAUAAACGCAGGCAACCAGAUCCCUGGUCUGAUCAGAACCCCUUUCUCUCCCCCUGUUGCCGACUGCCGACGCCCUGGGACCCGACGUCACCAUGGAGACGGUGGUGAUCGUGGCCAUUGGGGUGCUGGCCACCAUCUUCCUGGCCUCCUUCAUUGCCCUGGUGGUGGUGUGUCGACACCGCUACUGCCACCCCCACCACCCCCACCACCUGCUGCACCACUUCAACUCCAAGUCCAACGGACUGACCUGCUGGUUUGAAGCUAUAAGUCUAUGGAUUGAACAGAGCGACUUCACAGCACUAAGACCCAAUGUUGACCUGAUCGGUGCCAUGGAGACCCAGAGUGAGCCGUCUGAGCUGGAGCUGGACGACGUGGUCAUCACCAACCCUCACAUCGAGGCCAUCCUGGAGAACGAGGACUGGAUCGAGGACGCCUCUGGCUUGGUUUCGCAUUGUAUAUCCAUCUUGAAGAUCUGCCACACCCUGACUGAAAAGCUGGUUGCCAUGACAAUGGGCUCAGGCGCUAAGGUGAAAGCCCCAGCCAGCCUCAGUGACAUCAUCACUGUGGCUAAACGCAUCAGUCCGAGGGUGGAUGACGUUGUGCGAUCUAUGUACCCUCCACUGAACCCCAUACUCCUGGAUGCCAGGGCAACCGCCCUCCUCCUGUCAGUCAGUCACCUGGUGCUGGUGACCCGCAACGCCUGUCACAUGUCUGGCAGCAUGGACUGGAUCGACCAAUCCCUGCACGCCGCUGAGGAUCACAUGGUGGUGCUGCGGGAGGCGGCGCUAGCGUCCGAACCGGAACGGAGUCUACCUGGAAUAGACAUGCAGAGAGAGCAGGCCAUCUAGAACACACAGAAACGUACAUACACACACGCACACAUUCACAUGGCAAGGCACAUACACUCCUUCUCUAUACAUUAUACACAUCUCGGGCACAUUCUCACACAUACACAAUGCUUGAUAAACACACAAUAAAAAAACUCACAUUCCCAAAACACACAUUUCCACUUUCCCACUGCUGUUCUGUGCUGAUUUACAUACAGAUGGGUUGCCAGAUAAUAGAAGAGAGCUGGUUUUAGAAACUGAUAGGUGCCAGAUCCUUGUGCUAUUUUCCUCUUGAUCCUUUCACUUUUACCAUGUUUCUGGUUUUGUAUAUAGUUAUGUAUAACCAUAAUGCAUGUUAUGAUUAGGAUUUAUAUAGGUUUUAUGUUACACUCUCAGAUUCAGAUUGUAUUGUAAGUAAGUGGAGAGCUCACUGAGAUAGGCUUGUGUGUAGUUGCCAGAUGACUGGCCCCUUGAUAUUCAUUCCUGAGUGUCUUCCAUCUCCCAGCGGUGAGCUGUAAUCCGCCCCGUUAGGAGUGCACAGUCACAUGGAAGCUUAAAUUUAGUCAACUAAUCCAUGUGGGGGAAAACCCUGUACACCCAAUAGGACCAAAGGCCUGGGAAAUAGAUGCACACCUACUCAGAGCAAUACACUCUUACUUAGAGAAAUACACUCUUACUCAGAACAAUACACUCUUACUCAGAGCAAUACACUCUUACUCAGAGCAAUACACUCUUACUCAGAACAAUACACUCUUACUCAGAACAAUACACUCUUACUCAGAGCAAUACACUCUUACUCAGAACAAUACACUCUUACUCAGAGCAAUACACUCUUACUCAGAGCAAUACACUCUUACUCAGAGCAAUACACUCUUACUCAGAGCAAUACACUCUUACUCAGAGCAAUACACUCUUACUCAGAGCAAUACACUGCUACUUUUCUUUUUAGAACCAGGAGUCAAGACAAGCCUCCGUACCAGCUGAAGGUGUUGGACGGCUUUAUGCAGGUCCCUGUUGCGUUUGUUGGGCGGAUGAACUACUUAAUUGGCUGUUAUCGUAAGGGAGGGUCAAAUGUGUGUGUAUGGGGGAAGGUUUCUUUGUUACCCGUGUCAAAUGAGGUGGAGGUGAAUUUGCGUGCCUUGUGCUGACCGGUGGCGCGAUGUUAUUGGAGCUAGCUGCCUCUCCAUGCAUGCCUAAUACCGUAGCUAGAACUGAAACCCAAGAGCAGUAAUCACAGUAUAACCCAGCUUUACACACACACACACACACACACUGUCCAGCCCUAACACAGCUCACAGAGCCGCAAACACUGCACCACACACUCGAGCUUACGGAGCAACCGUAACAGAGCUCACACACUGCUAACCUAAGGAGCAACUGUACACGGUGAUACACACACUUACGCAAAGAGACAGCGUGGAUACUGUAAAUACACACAUUAGACUUUUAUAGGCAAAACUAUACUGUUAAACACACGGUCAAGCUUAGAGACAAAUCAGGCGUUUUUUUUUCUUUUUCUCGUUGUCUUUCUGAGAAGACAUGCCUUUUUCCUUCUUAUAUUUCGAGCUCUGAAAUUCAGCCUAAGAGAAGACUGCCAGUAUAACCGCAGCAUAAGCAGAGCUCAGUGAUGGAACGAUAUUGAUUUAAGAUGAAACAUGAAGGAAGUGGCCACUCCUUUAUUUUCCUGGUUUCCGUUGUUUAUUACAAUUGAUUGCUUUUGUAUGUAACCACUCCUGUGUCCUCUCCUCACCCACCGUUCGUGAUGUUUCCUUAUCCCUCUUCUUUUUCAACUUUCACUUUGUUUCCUUCCUUGAUUUGUACAGGUAAAUUAAAAGUUUCGUAGGAAAAUGUGAAA